AUGAGGAAAAACUUCAUUACUGUGAGAGUGACAGCACUAGAAGAGGCUAUCCAGAGAGGUGCCUUCCUGAGCCUGGUGAACGGCAACAACCGCUGUGAAGGUCGUGUAGAGAUUUACACCAACGGGAGCUGGGGCACCGUCUGUGAUGACAGCUGGGACCUGAGCGAUGCCCAGGUCGUCUGCAGGCAGCUGGGCUGUGGCUCUGCUCUUUCUGCACCCUCUAAUGCCUACUUUGGACAAGGCUCUGGCAACAUCUACCUGGACGAUGUGCAAUGCACGGGCAGUGAGUCCUCCCUCUUCCAGUGCAGGAACAAUGGCUGGGGCGUCCACAACUGUGGCCACGGUGAAGAUGCUGGAGUUGUGUGCUCAGGUGCCUUCCUGAGCCUGGUGAACGGCAACAACCGCUGUGAAGGUCGUGUAGAGAUUUACACCAACGGGAGCUGGGGCACCGUCUGUGAUGACAGCUGGGACCUGAGCGAUGCCCAGGUCGUCUGCAGGCAGCUGGGCUGUGGCUCUGCUCUUUCUGCACCCUCUAAUGCCUACUUUGGACAAGGCUCUGGCAACAUCUACCUGGACGAUGUGCAAUGCACGGGCAGUGAGUCCUCCCUCUUCCAGUGCAGGAACAACGGCUGGGGCGUCCACAACUGUGGCCACGGUGAAGAUGCUGGAGUUGUGUGCUCAGGUGCCUUCCUGAGCCUGGUGAACGGCAACAACCGCUGUGAAGGUCGUGUAGAGAUUUACACCAACGGGAGCUGGGGCACCGUCUGUGAUGACAGCUGGGACCUGAGCGAUGCCCAGGUCGUCUGCAGGCAGCUGGGCUGUGGCUCUGCUCUUUCUGCACCCUCUAAUGCCUACUUUGGACAAGGCUCUGGCAACAUCUACCUGGACGAUGUGCAAUGCACGGGCAGUGAGUCCUCCCUCUUCCAGUGCAGGAACAACGGCUGGGGCGUCCACAACUGUGGCCACGGUGAAGAUGCUGGAGUUGUGUGCUCAGGUGCCUUCCUGAGCCUGGUGAACGGCAACAACCGCUGUGAAGGUCGUGUAGAGAUUUACACCAACGGGAGCUGGGGCACCGUCUGUGAUGACAGCUGGGACCUGAGCGAUGCCCAGGUCGUCUGCAGGCAGCUGGGCUGUGGCUCUGCUCUUUCUGCACCCUCUAAUGCCUACUUUGGACAAGGCUCUGGCAACAUCUACCUGGACGAUGUGCAAUGCACGGGCAGUGAGUCCUCCCUCUUCCAGUGCAGGAACAACGGCUGGGGCGUCCACAACUGUGGCCACGGUGAAGAUGCUGGAGUUGUGUGCUCAGGUACCGUUGCUUGUGCCUUCCUGAGCCUGGUGAACGGCAACAACCGCUGUGAAGGUCGUGUAGAGAUUUACACCAACGGGAGCUGGGGCACCGUCUGUGAUGACAGCUGGGACCUGAGCGAUGCCCAGGUCGUCUGCAGGCAGCUGGGCUGUGGCUCUGCUCUUUCUGCACCCUCUAAUGCCUACUUUGGACAAGGCUCUGGCAACAUCUACCUGGACGAUGUGCAAUGCACGGGCAGUGAGUCCUCCCUCUUCCAGUGCAGGAACAACGGCUGGGGCGUCCACAACUGUGGCCACGGUGAAGAUGCUGGAGUUGUGUGCUCAGGUACCGUUGCUUGUGCCUUCCUGAGCCUGGUGAACGGCAACAACCGCUGUGAAGGUCGUGUAGAGAUUUACACCAACGGGAGCUGGGGCACCGUCUGUGAUGACAGCUGGGACCUGAGCGAUGCCCAGGUCGUCUGCAGGCAGCUGGGCUGUGGCUCUGCUCUUUCUGCACCCUCUAAUGCCUACUUUGGACAAGGCUCUGGCAACAUCUACCUGGACGAUGUGCAAUGCACGGGCAGUGAGUCCUCCCUCUUCCAGUGCAGGAACAACGGCUGGGGCGUCCACAACUGUGGCCACGGUGAAGAUGCUGGAGUUGUGUGCUCAGGUACCGUUGCUUGUGCCUGUGCCUUCCUGAGCCUGGUGAACGGCAACAACCGCUGUGAAGGUCGUGUAGAGAUUUACACCAACGGGAGCUGGGGCACCGUCUGUGAUGACAGCUGGGACCUGAGCGAUGCCCAGGUCGUCUGCAGGCAGCUGGGCUGUGGCUCUGCUCUUUCUGCACCCUCUAAUGCCUACUUUGGACAAGGCUCUGGCAACAUCUACCUGGACGAUGUGCAAUGCACGGGCAGUGAGUCCUCCCUCUUCCAGUGCAGGAACAACGGCUGGGGCGUCCACAACUGUGGCCACGGUGAAGAUGCUGGAGUUGUGUGCUCAGGUGCCUUCCUGAGCCUGGUGAACGGCAACAACCGCUGUGAAGGUCGUGUAGAGAUUUACACCAACGGGAGCUGGGGCACCGUCUGUGAUGACAGCUGGGACCUGAGCGAUGCCCAGGUCGUCUGCAGGCAGCUGGGCUGUGGCUCUGCUCUUUCUGCACCCUCUAAUGCCUACUUUGGACAAGGCUCUGGCAACAUCUACCUGGACGAUGUGCAAUGCACGGGCAGUGAGUCCUCCCUCUUCCAGUGCAGGAACAACGGCUGGGGCGUCCACAACUGUGGCCACGGUGAAGAUGCUGGAGUUGUGUGCUCAGGUACCGUUGCUUGUGCCUGUGCCUUCCUGAGCCUGGUGAACGGCAACAACCGCUGUGAAGGUCGUGUAGAGAUUUACACCAACGGGAGCUGGGGCACCGUCUGUGAUGACAGCUGGGACCUGAGCGAUGCCCAGGUCGUCUGCAGGCAGCUGGGCUGUGGCUCUGCUCUUUCUGCACCCUCUAAUGCCUACUUUGGACAAGGCUCUGGCAACAUCUACCUGGACGAUGUGCAAUGCACGGGCAGUGAGUCCUCCCUCUUCCAGUGCAGGAACAACGGCUGGGGCGUCCACAACUGUGGCCACGGUGAAGAUGCUGGAGUUGUGUGCUCAGGUACCGUUGCUUGUGCCUUCCUGAGCCUGGUGAACGGCAACAACCGCUGUGAAGGUCGUGUAGAGAUUUACACCAACGGGAGCUGGGGCACCGUCUGUGAUGACAGCUGGGACCUGAGCGAUGCCCAGGUCGUCUGCAGGCAGCUGGGCUGUGGCUCUGCUCUUUCUGCACCCUCUAAUGCCUACUUUGGACAAGGCUCUGGCAACAUCUACCUGGACGAUGUGCAAUGCACGGGCAGUGAGUCCUCCCUCUUCCAGUGCAGGAACAACGGCUGGGGCGUCCACAACUGUGGCCACGGUGAAGAUGCUGGAGUUGUGUGCUCAGGUACCAUAACCUCCAGAGGUGCCUUCCUGAGCCUGGUGAACGGCAACAACCGCUGUGAAGGUCGUGUAGAGAUUUACACCAACGGGAGCUGGGGCACCGUCUGUGAUGACAGCUGGGACCUGAGCGAUGCCCAGGUCGUCUGCAGGCAGCUGGGCUGUGGCUCUGCUCUUUCUGCACCCUCUAAUGCCUACUUUGGACAAGGCUCUGGCAACAUCUACCUGGACGAUGUGCAAUGCACGGGCAGUGAGUCCUCCCUCUUCCAGUGCAGGAACAACGGCUGGGGCGUCCACAACUGUGGCCACGGUGAAGAUGCUGGAGUUGUGUGCUCAGGUACCGUUGCUUGUGCCUUCCUGAGCCUGGUGAACGGCAACAACCGCUGUGAAGGUCGUGUAGAGAUUUACACCAACGGGAGCUGGGGCACCGUCUGUGAUGACAGCUGGGACCUGAGCGAUGCCCAGGUCGUCUGCAGGCAGCUGGGCUGUGGCUCUGCUCUUUCUGCACCCUCUAAUGCCUACUUUGGACAAGGCUCUGGCAACAUCUACCUGGACGAUGUGCAAUGCACGGGCAGUGAGUCCUCCCUCUUCCAGUGCAGGAACAACGGCUGGGGCGUCCACAACUGUGGCCACGGUGAAGAUGCUGGAGUUGUGUGCUCAGGUACCGUUGCUUGUGCCUUCCUGAGCCUGGUGAACGGCAACAACCGCUGUGAAGGUCGUGUAGAGAUUUACACCAACGGGAGCUGGGGCACCGUCUGUGAUGACAGCUGGGACCUGAGCGAUGCCCAGGUCGUCUGCAGGCAGCUGGGCUGUGGCUCUGCUCUUUCUGCACCCUCUAAUGCCUACUUUGGACAAGGCUCUGGCAACAUCUACCUGGACGAUGUGCAAUGCACGGGCAGUGAGUCCUCCCUCUUCCAGUGCAGGAACAACGGCUGGGGCGUCCACAACUGUGGCCACGGUGAAGAUGCUGGAGUUGUGUGCUCAGGUACCGUUGCUUGUGCCUUCCUGAGCCUGGUGAACGGCAACAACCGCUGUGAAGGUCGUGUAGAGAUUUACACCAACGGGAGCUGGGGCACCGUCUGUGAUGACAGCUGGGACCUGAGCGAUGCCCAGGUCGUCUGCAGGCAGCUGGGCUGUGGCUCUGCUCUUUCUGCACCCUCUAAUGCCUACUUUGGACAAGGCUCUGGCAACAUCUACCUGGACGAUGUGCAAUGCACGGGCAGUGAGUCCUCCCUCUUCCAGUGCAGGAACAACGGCUGGGGCGUCCACAACUGUGGCCACGGUGAAGAUGCUGGAGUUGUGUGCUCAGGUACCGUUGCUUGUGCCUUCCUGAGCCUGGUGAACGGCAACAACCGCUGUGAAGGUCGUGUAGAGAUUUACACCAACGGGAGCUGGGGCACCGUCUGUGAUGACAGCUGGGACCUGAGCGAUGCCCAGGUCGUCUGCAGGCAGCUGGGCUGUGGCUCUGCUCUUUCUGCACCCUCUAAUGCCUACUUUGGACAAGGCUCUGGCAACAUCUACCUGGACGAUGUGCAAUGCACGGGCAGUGAGUCCUCCCUCUUCCAGUGCAGGAACAACGGCUGGGGCGUCCACAACUGUGGCCACGGUGAAGAUGCUGGAGUUGUGUGCUCAGGAGUACCAAGAACAGUGAACCGUCUCCUGCUGGUGAAUGGAAGGCACAGAUGUGAAGGUCGUGUUGAGAUCUACUACAGAGGCCAGCUGGGGACAGUCUGUGAUGAUUACUGGGACCUCUCUGCUGCCCAGGUUGUGUGCAGACAACUGAGAUGUGGCCCUGCCAUUGCAGCUCCAGGCAGUGCUUACUUUGGACAAGGCUCAGGCCCCAUCCUGCUGGACAACGUGAGGUGCAGGGGAGAUGAGAUCUCUUUGUCAGCCUGUAAUCACUCUGGCUGGAGGGUGCACAACUGUGCCCACUAUGAAGAUGCUGGAGUUGUCUGUUCAGGCUGGCCAGAGCCUCAUCCAGUGCGGCUCUCCGGCGGGAGGCACGGCUGCGAGGGACGCGUGGAGCUGAGCGACGGCCGCAGCUGGGGCACGGUGUGCGACGACUCCUGGGACCUGCGGGACGCCCAGGUGGUGUGCCGGCAGCUGGGCUGCGGCCGGGCCCUGGCCGCACCAGGCAGCGCUCGCUUCGACCUCGGCUCCGGCCGCAUCUUGCUGGACGACGUGGAGUGCGGCGGGGACGAGCGCUCCCUGCAGCUGUGCCGGCACGGCGGCUGGGGCGUGCACAACUGCGGCCACCAUGAGGACGCCAGCGUCGUCUGUGCAGAGCUGAGACAGAGCAGUGUCUUUGGGGGGCUGUGCUGCCUGGUGCUGAAGCCGGUGCCAUGCAAGGGCCUCGUCACACUGGGGGCACAGCAGCCUCUCCACGCUCACAGGUGUAGGUGCUUGCUCCAGCGGGCACCACCACCUGGCCAUCCUCGACAGGUAACUCCGGCCCCCCUGAGCCAUUCCUGGCCUCGCAGCAGCCGUGCAGGCUCCCCGGCUGCCACCCGGGCAGUGCAGGGGGCCAGGCUGCAGGGGCCCUCACCCCGAGCCUGCUGCCUCACCCCAGGCGGCCGCCUGCGGCUCUCCGGCGGGAGGCACGGCUGCGAGGGACGCGUGGAGCUGAGCGACGGCCGCAGCUGGGGCACGGUGUGCGACGACUCCUGGGACCUGCGGGACGCCCAGGUGGUGUGCCGGCAGCUGGGCUGCGGCCGGGCCCUGGCCGCACCAGGCAGCGCUCGCUUCGACCUCGGCUCCGGCCGCAUCUUGCUGGACGACGUGGAGUGCGGCGGGGACGAGCGCUCCCUGCAGCUGUGCCGGCACGGCGGCUGGGGCGUGCACAACUGCGGCCACCAUGAGGACGCCAGCGUCGUCUGUGCAGGCGGCCGCCUGCGGCUCUCCGGCGGGAGGCACGGCUGCGAGGGACGUGUGGAGCUGAGCGACGGCCGCAGCUGGGGCACGGUGUGCGACGACUCCUGGGACCUGCGGGACGCCCAGGUGGUGUGCCGGCAGCUGGGCUGCGGCCGGGCCCUGGCCGCACCAGGCAGCGCUCGCUUCGGCCUCGGCUCCGGCCGCAUCUUGCUGGACGACGUGGAGUGCGGCGGGGACGAGCGCUCCCUGCAGCUGUGCCGGCACGGCGGCUGGGGCGUGCACAACUGCGGCCACCAUGAGGACGCCAGCGUCGUCUGUGCAGAGCUGAGACAGAGCAGUGUCUUUGGGGGGCUGUGCUGCCUGGUGCUGAAGCCGGUGCCAUGCAAGGGCCUCGUCACACUGGGGGCACAGCAGCCUCUCCACGCUCACAGGUGUAGGUGCUUGCUCCAGCGGGCACCACCACCUGGCCAUCCUCGACAGGUAACUCCGGCCCCCCUGAGCCAUUCCUGGCCUCGCAGCAGCCGUGCAGGCUCCCCGGCUGCCACCCGGGCAGUGCAGGGGGCCAGGCUGCAGGGGCCCUCACCCCGAGCCUGCUGCCUCACCCCAGGCGGCCGCCUGCGGCUCUCCGGCGGGAGGCACGGCUGCGAGGGACGCGUGGAGCUGAGCGACGGCCGCAGCUGGGGCACGGUGUGCGACGACUCCUGGGACCUGCGGGACGCCCAGGUGGUGUGCCGGCAGCUGGGCUGCGGCCGGGCCCUGGCCGCACCAGGCAGCGCUCGCUUCGACCUCGGCUCCGGCCGCAUCUUGCUGGACGACGUGGAGUGCGGCGGGGACGAGCGCUCCCUGCAGCUGUGCCGGCACGGCGGCUGGGGCGUGCACAACUGCGGCCACCAUGAGGACGCCAGCGUCGUCUGUGCAGGCGGCCGCCUGCGGCUCUCCGGCGGGAGGCACGGCUGCGAGGGACGUGUGGAGCUGAGCGACGGCCGCAGCUGGGGCACGGUGUGCGACGACUCCUGGGACCUGCGGGACGCCCAGGUGGUGUGCCGGCAGCUGGGCUGCGGCCGGGCCCUGGCCGCACCAGGCAGCGCUCGCUUCGGCCUCGGCUCCGGCCGCAUCUUGCUGGACGACGUGGAGUGCGGCGGGGACGAGCGCUCCCUGCAGCUGUGCCGGCACGGCGGCUGGGGCAUGCACAACUGCGGCCACCAUGAGGACGCCAGCGUCGUCUGUGCAGCACCUUAUUUUUGUGGUGGCUCAAUCUCAAAUUCCUCUGGGAUGCUGCAGAGUCCCUCCUACCCUGGAAGCUAUCCAAACAAUGCUGACUGCGUGUGGGAAAUAAAAGUAGAGAACAAUUUCCGUGUCAUGCUCACCUUUAGAGACAUUGCACUGCAAGGUGGCAGCUGCCAGCAUGACUAUGUUGAACUCUAUGAUGGGCCCCUACACUCAUCCCCACUCCUUGGGAGACUUUGCUCUGGUUCCUUCCCCACCUACACAUCCUCUUCAAACAUGAUGGCCAUUCUCUUUCACAGUGAUUCUACACACACCUUCAGAGGCUUUCAGGCUCACUACUCCUCCAUCCCAGCAGAUCACAACACUACCCUUCUGUGCUUACCAGACUAUAUGCACGCAGUGGUGAGCAGGGACUAUCUCCAGUCUCAGGGUUACUCAGAGCAGAUGGUCACCCUGGAGGACAGCAGCUGCAGACCAACAGUCACCCCACGUGAGGUCAUAUUCAACAUCCCCUACACUGGCUGUGGGACCACACGAGAGGAGACCAACGACACAAUCAACUAUUCCAACAUGAUCAAAGUUACAUCUUCUGGCCACAUAAUCAGGAGGAAAAAGAGUAUUAACUUACACAUCAAUUGCAAAAUGCUCCAGAACACAUGGAUGCAAGUCAUGUAUGUGGCUGAGGAUACUGUGGAGGUGGAUGAGAGCCAGUUUGGAAGCUACGACAUGAACAUCACUUUUUAUGAUUCCUCAUCCUUCGUGCAGCAAGUGCAUGACUCUCCCUACUACAUUGACCUCAACCAGAACUUGUACCUCCAAGCUUAUCUUCACAACUCUGACCCAAAUCUGGUUGUGUUUGUGGACACCUGUGUGGCAUCACCUGAUCCUUAUGAUUUUAGCACUGUGGCCUAUGAUAUAGUCAGGGAUGGAUGUGCUAGAGAUCCUUCCUACACCACCUUCUAUUCCCCCCAGAGCCACUUUGCUCGCUUCAAAUUCAGCGCCUUCGAGUUCCUUAGCCGCCAUCCAUCAGUGUACCUGCAGUGCCAGCUGGCGGUGUGCCGGCGCUGGGACCUCUCCUCCCGCUGCUACCGGGGCUGUGUCAGCAGGGCCAGGAGAGACACAAGUUCUGCUGAGGGAAAAGUCAGUGUCAUGGUUGGACCACUUCAGCUUCAAGCAGGGGAUGCUCAGAGCAGGAAUGCUGGUAAAGACCAAUGA